GAAGAUAUUUUUGUUGUUGUUGAGAAUUUUAAAAGAGAUUGGGUAAAGAGGAAAGAGAGAAGGGGGAGAGGAAGAAGAGAGAAGGAAGAGAGAACCGAUAGAGAGGGAGAAGAGGGAGGAGGAAAUGAGAUUUUUUUUAGUUUUAUACCAUGUACAACUUGUGUGUGUAUACUUAGCAUUUUCCUUAUAUUAUUAUGAGGAGGCCACACACAUAGGGUGACAUAGAGCUCUUCAAAAUGGUCUGUCAAGGAAAUGAAAUUGAUUUGGUUAUUCGCAUACCUGCUAUCAUGCUCCCACAAGAUGCUGACAAAAGCUUGAUACUUGAUAGACAAUAUUAUGAACAAGUCAGAGGUUUCUGUGCAGCUGUAUUCUCCAAGGCGUCCAGUGGUUGAUGUAGCUGAAUCUAUUUAGGAAAUUCUCCCAAAAAUGAAUAGUCCAUGUAUGCAAAAUCUGCCAAAUUAAACGAUUCAAAGUGAUUGGGCCAAAGUGUCUGAUUCGGUCCAAUUCAUCCGAUCGAUCAUCUCUUCCUACUUCCCAUCCAGACGGUCGUACGCUAUAUUGCUUUCUCAGCUUCCAUGUCAUUUUUGCUCUUUCCCUUUCCGACGCAGUCUACACCACGCCGUUCGUCUAAUGUCUUAGUCGAUUAUUGCUAAACAGAAUCAUUUGCCCUCUUCCUGUACCUUACGAAACAGAAUCAUUCAUUCAUAGAGUGUUGAGCUGGAGGUCAUGGAAUUGAAAAGUACAGCUCCUUUCUGCUGUGUUCCUACAUUUUUUGUACUGUCAGUGGUCUUGUUGCUCUUGUGCGGCUGUGAUCGGAUUCAAGGUGGUGAUAUAGUUCACCAUGAUGAUGUAGCUCCAAGGAGAGCUGGCUGCGAUAACAAUUUUGUCCUGGUGAAAGUUGCAACCUGGAUCAAUGGUGAGGAGGAGAUGGAGUUUGUAGGAGUUGGCGCUAGAUUUGGCCCAACCCUGGAGUCAAAAGAGAAGCGUGCCAACCAAAUAAGACUUGCUAUUGCUGACCCACCUGAUCUGUGUAGCAAACCGAAGAAUAAGCUUACUGGCAAGGCCAUACUAGUGCAUCGUGGAAAUUGCAGUUUCACUACCAAAGCUAAUGUUGCAGAUGAUGCUCAUGCUUCAGCUAUCCUCAUUAUAAACAACCAAACAGAGCUCUUCAAGAUGGUCUGUCAAGGAAAUGAAACUGAUUUGGUUAUUCGCAUACCUGCUAUCAUGCUCCCACAAGAUGCUGGCAAAAGCUUGAUAGACAAUAUUAUGAACAAGUCAGAGGUUUCUGUGCAGCUGUAUUCUCCAAGGCGUCCAGUGGUCGAUGUAGCUGAAGUAUUUCUGUGGCUUAUGGCUGUUACAACCAUUUUAUUUGCAUCAUAUUGGUCAGCAUGGUCCGCCAGAGAAGCAGCAAUUCAGCAGGAUAAGCUACUAAAAGAUGGCUCGGAUGAAUACAGUGGCAUGGAGACCACACAAUCUAGUGGUGUAGUAGACAUCAACACAAUGUCAGCAAUUCUCUUUGUUGUCAUGGCCUCUUGCUUCCUGAUCAUGCUUUACAAACUAAUGUCAGUCUGGUUCCUGGAAAUUCUCGUGGUUUUAUUCUGCAUUGGUGGUGUAGAGGGUCUGCAAACCUGCUUGGUUGCCUUGUUAUCCUGUUGCAGAUGGUUUGAACAUGCUGCAGAGACUUUUAUUAAAGUACCUUUGCUUGGGGCCGUAUCAUAUCUCACUCUUGUUGUUUCUCCAUUCUGCAUAGCAUUUGCUGUUAUGUGGGCCAUUUUUAGACGUGUCUCCUUUGCCUGGAUAGGUCAAGAUAUACUUGGUAUUGCAUUGAUUAUCACAGUCCUCCAGAUUGUCCGUGUUCCCAAUCUCAAGGUUGGAACAGUGCUCCUUGGUUGUGCUUUCUUGUAUGACCUUUUCUGGGUCUUUGUUUCAAAAUGGUGGUUUCAUGAAAGUGUGAUGAUAGUGGUUGCUCGGGGUGAUAAAAGUGGAGAAGAUGGAAUACCCAUGCUGCUGAAAAUCCCACGGAUGUUUGACCCUUGGGGUGGCUAUAGUGUCAUUGGUUUUGGUGAUAUUAUUAUACCGGGUUUACUAGUAGCAUUUUCACUAAGGUAUGACUGGCUAUCUAAGAAGAGUCUCCGUACAGGUUACUUUCUCUGGGCAAUGAUGGCUUAUGGUUUAGGUUUGCUUGUAACCUAUUUAGCUCUCAACUUGAUGGAUGGACACGGGCAACCUGCAUUGCUUUACAUAGUUCCUUUCACUUUAGGAACAUUUUUGACAUUAGGAAAGAAAAGAGGUGAUCUCAAGCACCUAUGGACGAAGGGGGAUCCUGACCGGCCUUGUCCCCAUGUCCAACUCCAACCCGCAGAUUAAGUAAAUACCGCAAACAGCGAAUCUGAUCUGAUAUAGAGUGCAUAGAUAAGAAGUUUGUGAAGCACAUGGAUACAAGCGUCUUUGUAACAUGUUCUCAUUGAACUUGGAGUGUAUAAAUAUGAAUGUAUGUAUAAAUGUGGAUGUAUCUUUCUAAAUUCUAACUAACAAGAAUAAUUUAUUAAGAUGCACUAGUCAAACUCCAACAAUUGUGCUUGAAAGGAUCACUCUUCUAUAAAUUCUUCAGGUCUGUUAAAAACCUUAUAAACGCUGAAUGACAAUGUUUUGGUUUUACUUUCUAACUUAGAUGGCAG